UUCCCCCCUAAGUGGCCUUUACCUAUAUAUGAUACCAUUUUCGCUGCACAAGCCUUCCAUAUGUUUUUCUCGAUCUCAUGCCUUUCAUCCUUCAUGAUCACAUCUUCCUCGUGACGUGAGCCGGGGUCAUGAGAUAAUCCUUCAGCCCCCUAAUACUGCCCUGCCAAUUUAUCAUAAUAUCUAUCACAACAUCUUGCCUCCCUCGUCAAUCCCUAUACCAUUCAUCCAUCUUUUCCAUAGAUUCCAUCAUACGUCUCCAGGACGGGCUGCAUUGUGCUGACACCAUGUCCUACUCGUCCGUAGCAGUUCGUCACUUCACGGCCCCUAAGUCUCUAGGAAGCGCAAUGGAUUCUCUUCGUUCGAACUCAACCCCGGAGACCAAGAUUAAGCCGUCUUCGGUCCCUACGUCAGUGAAUGGAGGAACAUCAGAGCCACCAAAGAAGGGCUUGACCUUUGCGAACCAGGAUUCGUUACCCAAGUUACCAAUUCCUGACCUUGAGCAAACAUGCAAGCGAUAUCUUGAGUCGUUAGCCCCGCUACAGACACUCCGAGAGCAGGAGGAAACCAAGGCAGCUGUGCAGGACUUUCUCAAAUCAGAAGGCCCUAUUCUACAAGAGAAGCUCAAGACCUAUGCCUCGUCAAAAACAAGCUAUAUCGAACAAUUCUGGUACGACUCUUAUUUGAACUACGAUAGCCCUGUUGUGCUGAACCUGAACCCGUUCUUCCUGCUGGAAGACGACCCGACCCCUGCGAGGAACAACCAGGUUACGAGAGCAGCUUCACUCGUUGUCUCUGCCUUGUCGUUUGUCCGUGCCGUGAGGCGGGAGGAACUCCCUCCCGACACUGUCCGCGGUACGCCUCUCUGCAUGUAUCAGUACUCUCGCCUAUUCGGAACAGCGCGUGUCCCGACCGACAAUGGAUGCGUGAUAAGCCAGGAUCCCCAUGCGAAACAUAUUGUUGUCCUGUGUCGGGGUCAGAUUUACUGGUUCGAUGUGCUGGACGACAACAGUGACCUGAUCAUGAACGAAAAGGAUAUUGCGGUUAACCUCCAGGUCAUCAUUGGAGACGCAGAACAGACACCCAUUCAUGAUGCUGCGAAGGGAGCGCUUGGUGUGUUGAGCACAGAGAACCGCAAGGUCUGGUCAGGAUUGAGAGACAUCCUCACCAAGGAUGAAGGGUCGAACAACGCAGAAUGCCUCAAUAUCGUGGACACGGCUCUGUUCGUUCUGUGCCUGGACUACACUGAACCACACAACACGUCGGAGCUUUGCGCCAAUAUGCUCUGCGGAACGAGCGAAGUGGUCCGAGGCGUGCAGGUCGGCACUUGUACCAACCGGUGGUAUGACAAACUCCAGAUCAUUGUGUGUAAGAACGGCAGUGCAGGCAUCAACUUCGAACAUACUGGCGUAGAUGGCCACACAGUACUCCGGUUUGCCAGCGACGUCUAUACGGACACCAUACUUCGCUUUGCUCGGACGAUCAACGGCCAGGCACCGACCCUCUGGGCGACCUCCAGCCCUGAUCCUGCGAAACGCGACCCUCGAAGCUUCGGCAAUGUCAGCACAACACCCCGCAAGCUCGAAUGGGAUAUGGCGCCUGAGCUCAGCAUCGCUCUGCGGUUCGCCGAGUCCCACCUCUCCGAUCUCUUGCAGCAACAUGAGUUCCAAGUGCUCGACUUCAAAGGAUAUGGCAAGAACUUCAUCACUUCCAUGGGAUUCUCCCCGGAUGCAUUUGUUCAGAUGGCUUUCCAAGCAGCCUACUACGGGCUCUACGGCCGCAUGGAGAACACCUACGAACCUGCCAUGACUAAAGUUUUCUUACACGGUCGAACCGAAGCAAUUCGGACGGUGACUAACGAAUGCGUCGACUUUAUCAAGACGUUCUGGGGAGACAACCCAGCGGAGCAAAAGGUGAGCGCGCUCCGAAAAGCGACCGAGAAGCAUACCGCCAUCACGAAGGAUUGUUCGAAGGGUCAGGGACAAGAUAGACAUCUUUAUGCGCUGUACUGCCUGUGGCAACGGUCUUUUGAUGAUGGCGCGUCGUCCGCGAAUAACAGCGUCAUCAGCAGUUCCAACGGUUACACCAGCCCUGUGGAGACCGCGUCCAUUGAAUCGCCCAAGUCUUCUACUUCGUUGUCGGAAGAUGGACUAUCAUCCAAUGGCUACAGUGUACGUGGGGUGCGCACCAUGCCCGCAAUCUUCAGCGACGCUGGCUGGGAUAAGAUCAAUACCACCGUGCUGUCGACCUCCAACUGUGGAAAUCCAUGCCUACGGCACUUUGGCUUCGGGCCCACGUCUGCAGAUGGUUUCGGCAUUGGCUAUAUAAUCAAGGACGAUUCGAUCUCGUUCUGCGCCUCGUCUAAGCAUCGACAGACUGCGCGUCUUAUGUACACGCUGGAAUCGUACCUGAUGGAGAUCCGGAAGCUGCUGCGCACGGUCAACCACCGGCCUGCCAGCCCGCGCACGAGCAGAGCACGCGAGAUGGAGAUGAUUGCCGAGCGGCUCCAGGGCGAUCACCGCCGGGGCCGGAUCGUCCGGGGGGACCCGGGCCAGCUGCAUCGGGGUGCCGAGACACCCACGACGGACAGCGGAGAACUGGAGGACGAUGGCAUGGGCGGAUAUGGGUUCUUCGAUGCAGGGAUGUUGCUCCACGCGCUCAAGGGGCUGAAUGCAGACCGGGAGCGGGGCACCGAAAAGCCGGAGAAACGUCGGUUUGUCGGGAAGAAGUUGCGGCUGAAUGAUUAUUGAAGCUGUCUUGGUGUGGGUGUGAGAUGAGCUGGCGUGGUCUACUAAGGCCCAUGCACUGUGAUUAGUUUCUUAUUAUCCGUCACUCAUUGCUCCUGAUUUAGCCAUGAUGGGUGUUCGGCGUAUAUACAACGUGAUUGAUACCAAUGCGAUAGAUGAUUUGCAGCGUUG